AUGACUGCAGUAAAAGUAAAUGCACUGAUAUUGAAAGUAGUAUUGUUGUUGUGUGUGUUGCUUCAUUGGAGCCCGGCCCACUCAAGAAUUUAUAUUGUUGGAGACUCUAAGGGCUGGAGCAAAAAUGUAUCUGGCUGGGAAAAUGACAAGAGCUUCAAGGCUGGUGACAUUCUAGUUUUCAAGUAUGGCACAAGCACAAGAUCUCACGAUGUUGUAGUUGUGGAUAAGUCGAGUUAUGAUUCUUGCACCUGGCCAGCAAAGGGCAAGAGGUAUACUUCUGGUAAUGAUAAGAUAACGCUCAAAAAAGGGCCUAAUUAUUUCAUUUGUGGGUAUUGGGGACAUUGUUACUAUGGAAUGAAGAUAGCUGUUAAUGCUGCUUAA